CAGCAGUGCAGAAUUUACACUGGCUUGACUGUUUUCUCAUUUCUGGACUGAGCGUCUGUCAAUGAAGAGAUGAACAUGGCAGAGAAAAUCAUUCUUUUGUGUUUUGUCUUUCAAGGUGUUUGCUGUAGAGAUUUCAGCAUCAGUCUGCCAGAGAAUAUUGAAGCUCUCAGUGGAUCAUGUGUGAUCAUAAACUGCGGAUUUGAGAUAAAUGAAACGUAUGACAAAGACCUCACUGAGACAGCUACAGGACUGUGGUUCAAAGAUGGGACUGAGGUGACCAAAAAUCUAGUGUUUAACUUAAGUACAUCAAGCCAGAACAAAAUAAAAGGGAAUAUAACUGGAAAAUUAAAAGACAAGAACUGUACCACUGUCUUUUAUGAUCUCAGAUCAAAUCACAGUGGUCAAUAUUACUUCAGGAUUGAGGGUGAAGGUGAACUGAAAUGGAACUAUAAACUAAAGAAUGUUUUAAUUCAAGUCAUUGACUCUCCUCCCAAACCCACAGUGCAGCUGUAUGUGGAGCAGAAGAAGGUGCAGGAUCAGGAGGAGGUGUUGGAGGUGUUGAAGGGGAGCUCUGUGAGUCUGCGCUGCUCUGCUGAGACUCUCUGCUCCUCUCCUCCACCAACUCUCACAUGGAGCUCCACUCCCAGAAUCCCCCUCAGUGAGAGCAGCAGACUACAGGAGCUCAUCUCUGAUCUGAACUUCACUGCUACUCACCGUCAACACAGAGUCACUUUCACCUGCACUAUAACCUACCAGCUACAGGACGAGAACAAAACAGCACAGAACAACAUCACAUUACAUGUUCAGUAUGCACCUAAAAUCUCUCCGUCCUCCAGCUGUGUCAGAACUGAUGUAACUGUGUGUUUCUGUGAAGCUGAUGGGAAUCCCACUCCUGAACUGGAGUGGCAUCUGUCUGGACGUCCUGUCACUAACUCUUCAAACACGUUGAUCAGUGAAGAGCGAUUGAGCAGCACAGGCUUGAGGAGCUCCAUCACUCUACAUCAGUCUCUCACACACACAUCCACUCUGCAGUGUGUCAGCAACAACACUCAUGGCAAUGCAAGUCAACUGCUUGAACUGCCUUCCGCUGUUGAACGUUUGAAUCUUGUCUCUAUGAUGAUUGGAGUUGCUGUUGUGGGUUUGGUGGUCCUGUUGUUUUCCGCCAUUACAUACAUAUGUGUACGAAAAGACGAUGUGAAGCUUCCACAGAAUACACAAGAAGUCACUAAGAGAAGUGGUCAAAAUGCAUAUGAAGUCGGUCCACAAGACACUCAAGAUGAGUCUCUUUAUGUCAUGAUGUCAUCUGCUGGAGCAAAAUCAAUCACAGCAAAUGAAGAAUCUGUUAUUUAUUCCUCCAUGGACUUCACAAAUUCUACACCACGAGAGGAUGGGAGCAUCUCCUCACUUAAUGCUGAUUAUGGUGUGGUCCAGGAUUGUUCUGGAGGGCUGGCAAAGACUGAGAGCUCCAUGGGAGAGUCUUCAAGAGUAAAAGAAGCACAGGUGAUUGAUUGCUUAGUAAGCACAACUGCACUUACAGAGUCAAAGCAAUCAGAGGACGAGCUGUUUGUAGACACCUCUCAGCUUUAUGCAAAGGUUAAACGUCGUAACUGUCAGACCUGA